CAGGUGUCUUGCGACCUCAGCAACUCCCGCCCGGAAGUGCCCGAGGGGGCCGAGAUGGAGCUAGCGGAGCCAGGCGAGAAACUUUAGCGACAGAGCAUUAGAUGAACUUGGGGGUGAAAUAGGUGAAGGAGUAAACUCUGGGAUGAAGUGGAAAAAAGAAUAGCUUGGUAACACAGCAGGCAAGGCAGGUGCCAUGGCCUUGAUUGAAGGGGUAGGUGAUGAGGUGACUGUCCUUUUUGCGGUGCUUGCCUGCCUUCUGGUGCUGGCCCUUGCUUGGAUCUCAACACAUACUACCGAGAGCACCGAUCCCCUGCCCCAGCCGUCAGGGACCCCAACGCCAGUACAGCCCAGUGAAGCCAUGGCAACCACCGACGGCGUCAGAGGGGAAGCCCCAGGGGCCGAGACCCCCAGCCUGAGACACAGAGGUCCAGCUGCACAGCCAGAGCCUGGCCCAGGGGUCACAGCAACAGCACCACCCCCGGACUCCCCACAGGAGCCCCUUGUGCUAAGGCUGAAAUUCCUCAAUGAUUCAGAGCAGGUGGCCAGGGCCUGGCCCCACGACACCAUUGGUUCCUUGAAAAGGACCCAGUUUCCAGGACAGGAACACCAGGUGCGACUCAUCUACCAAGGCCAACUGCUAGGAGACGACACCCAGACGCUGGCCAGCCUUCACCUCCCUCCCAACUGCGUUCUCCACUGCCACGUGUCCACGAGGGUCGGUCCCCCACAUCCCCCCUGCCCACCGGGGUCAGAGCCAGGCCCCUCCGGGCUGGAAAUUGGCAGCCUGCUGCUACCCCUGCUACUGCUCCUGCUGCUUCUGCUCUGGUACUGCCAGAUCCAGUACCGGCCCUUCUUUCCCCUGACCGCCACCCUGGGCCUGGCCAGCUUCACCCUGCUCCUCAGUCUUCUGGCCUUUGCCAUGUACCGCCCAUAGUGCCUCCAAGGGCUCUUGGCAGCACAGCUGUCCCCCCUGGACCUCACUCCCCAAGGCGUGGUGGGAGCUGCUGUCUGCCCAGGCCAGCCUCUCCAGCCUGCCUCUUCCCACUACCCUGGAGCCCAGCCCUGCGCCGCAGAGCAGUCCGGGGACUGGUGGAGGCACCUGCCUGUGAGCUUCAUGUCUCUGGGCCACCUCCUGGAGCUUCUGGCCCCCAGCCCUCACUGACAAUGGCCUCCUCAAGAUCAGGAACUUGCUGUCGCUGCCUUGGCCCUGAGCAGAGCCGGGCCACACCCCUGGGCCCGCCUUAGUGUUCUGCCAGAGGACCGAGCCACCUCUAGUCCCUAAGAGCUCCUUAGGGGACCCACAAACUGGGAGGCUGGUAAAGGGGAGCUAGGAGGGACAGGUGUCCUCUGGAACUUGUGCAGAUUAAAGUAACUGUGAAGUUUUCA